AUGACAACAAGACCCAAACCCCGUCGCGGAAGCCGACAAUCGACAAGCCCAUCCAAUCAUGAACCGAAGCCAGCUCUAGGACGCGAAGAUGGCAGAUUGCCAGAAUACAACACCAAUGGUCACGCCGUGACCAAGGGCAUCAAGCCCAACGGCGAGAGUGGUAGGCGUGGUAUCCACCCUCUUCACUUCCUCAAAAUUUGUUGGCGCAGUUCGUGCACUGCUUCGAAGUGGGUCAAUGUCUUGUGGCCAUUCGUUCCUGCUGCAAUUGCUUUGCAUUUUGCCAGACCGCAGGAACAUCUUUGGAUCUUCAUCCUGUCUUAUAUCGCUAUGGUUCCAGCAGCAAACCUCAUCGGCUUUGCUGGUCAAGAGCUGGCUAGAAAGCUCCCAACUGUAUUGGGUGUCGUCCUCGAAACAACGCUUGGCUCAUUGGUCGAGAUGAUUCUCUUCAUAGUGCUUCUGAAGAACAAUGGCAGGCAAGGUAUUCCUAUCGUACAAGCAGCUAUUCUUGGUAGUAUUCUAGCAAACUUACUGCUCUGUAUGGGUCUUUGCUUCUUCUUCGGAGGCCUGCGACGACAUGAGCAGUCCUUCCACGAUGUUGUCAGCGACACCGGAAGCAAUCUUAUGCUGGUUGCUGGCUUCGCUCUCAUCAUCCCAGUCACUUACUCAAACGCGCUCGCUAAUCGAACGAAUUUAACAGAAGAACAACUGGAGUUGGACGUUGUCCGCAUCUCCCGGGCCACUGCAAUCGUUCUUCUUUUGGCUUUCGCAGUGUACACUUUCUUCCAAAUGAAGUCGCACCACGGAAUAUUCGACGACAUCCUUGAGGAAGAUGAGGAGCAAGAUGCCGAUCGUCACCGUGAUCUCGCUAAAGCUAAACUUACACUUACCGAGUCCGUCAUUGCUCUAGCUCUUGCUAUCACCUUCGUCUCGAUGAUGGCUGUCUUCCUCGUUCAGAAUAUUGAAUGGAUGGUUGAGCAUCGAGGUAUCUCUGAUGCGUUCCUCGGUCUCAUAUUAAUUCCUCUCGUCGAAAAGGCUGCCGAGCAUAUAACUGCAAUCGACGAAGCCUGGGACAACCAAAUGAACUUUGCGCUUUCCCACAUUCUGGGCGCGUCGAUCCAGACCGCUUUACUGAACACUCCUCUUGCAGUCAUUGUUGGAUGGGGACUGAAAUUACACAUGUCUCUCAAUUUCGAGAUCUUCGAGGCCGUUGUUCUCAUCUUGGCUAUACUCGUGGUUGGUCAAUUUUUGCGGGACGGCAAGUCCAACUACCUUGAAGGAGUCUUGUGCUUCUUUGUGUAUGUGCUGAUUGCGGUUGCGGCCUUCUAUUACCCCGGCCCGCCUCCCGGCGAGGAGAGCGGUGGCAGUAGCUCAUCCGAGGCAGGAGCUGCCGCCAGGGUCAGACGCUAAAGAGGAGGCCUCAAUGUUGUUUGUUGUUUGGCGUUCCCAUGACAGUUGACCUUUCUCACUUAGCCCUGAUACAUAAUAAAUUGGCCUUGCCCUAGAUUACAGUACUACUCU